ACCAGGUAUCAUUCAGCAUCAUUUCAUCAAUAAGAUGGACAAAUUUUUGAUUUUCUGAUUCUGAUAUUCAAAAAAAGAGUAGGAGUCGCUAGAAAUCGUCGGAAAACGAAAGGUAACGGUCCGGUUUCGUGUACCUGUACCUGUUGCACGUUUAUGCUGCGGAUGUUGGUAACAUUGCUACAGAAACAACAGUUGUCGGUUUAGAAGUUUUUUAAUCAGUAAUCAGUCACGUGCAAAAUAUGGUCGAUUGCGGUUCGUGUGUGCGAUGAGUGUACGUAUUUUUGUUCGUAAAACGUGUUGUUGAAUUUAUUUUAUAUUAUAAUCGCGUUGUAAAUUUCACAUCGAAGUAGUUUUUCGCUGUUCCGAAAUUGGAAAACGUUAUUGGUAAAUUUUUCAUUAUGUCUUGUUCGCUACUAACGGAUUAAAAAAAUAGUACGUCGUCUUGCUUCUCGCGGUGACCUAAAAUCUAUACGUAGGUAUACUUUUGUACCGGUGUUUUUCGUUUUUAAAAAUCGCUCAAUCAUUGUAUUCAUUAGUGUAACCAUUGCUGGUUAAUUUAGGAAAAAAUUCCAUAACUAAUUUCAUAGUGUUGUGAUUAACUUCGGUUCGAGUUUGCCGAAUUUUUUCUUGCCCAGUGUUUAUAGCUUUGUUGCGUUCGUUCGUGAAUGUUGGCGGCUGAAAAUCUUGGAUCGUCGGAAUACUAUCGUCACUGUCGCUCUAAAGCUGGGUAGGUGUUAAGGUCGUCGAAUCAUGUGACUUCGUAUGCGUGCUCCUGCUCGGUGCGGUACUGGCGGCUAAGUGGUUGAAAUGAGCAGCACAGAAGGCGAGCCAGGAUGUUGGGAUAGGUGCAUUAGGACCAUGUGCAAGUGCAGCGAAACGCAACACGUCGCCGUCAAUGGUGCUGCCCUUCGUGCCAGAGCUGUUCGAUGCUCGCAGCAUCAAGUGCCGAAUGGGCAUAUUAAACAGCAUAACGGACGUAUUUCGAAUGGUGGUAUUCCGGCCAGACCUCAUGCCAAUGGUGUUUGUGGAAGACCGGAAGAAAAAUUGUCUACUAUUUCUAGGUACUGGACCGUUGAAAGACCAAGGCAACCGCUUACGUACCAGGUUUUGAAAAGAUUAUGUAGAGAACGAGGCGAACUUUUCGAAGAUGCUGAUUUCCCACCUAGUGCCAAGUCUUUGUUUACGUCGAAGAAACUUCCGAUGCAACCUAUUAUAUGGAUGAGACCUCAUGAAAUGUGCCAAAGACCUAGGUUUAUGUCGGAAAAUCGCAACGAUGGCGAAGAGAAACGAUUCGAGGUCGAAUGCGGUGAACUGGGAGACCCUUCUUUUUUAGCCGCAGUUUCGUCGUUGACUUUGACGCCGAGAUUUCUACACCGAGUAGUACCUCCUGAUCAAAGUUUCGAUCCAGCUGGAUCGUAUUGCGGUAUUUUUAGGUUUAGAUUUUGGCAUUUCGGCGAAUGGAAGGAGAUCCUCGUUGAUGAUAGAUUACCAACGUAUAAAGGCCAUCUGAUAUUUACCCAUCCGACUAAUUCGACCGAAUUUUGGGCGCCUUUGUUGGAAAAAGCUUACGCCAAAUUUUAUGGAAGUUAUGAAAAUCUGAGUCAAGGAGGAACAACUACCAGAGCCUUGCAAGACUUGACGGGCGGUAUUGUUCAAAGCUUCGGUCUGAGUAAUCAAGACCGAUACCUUACUUAUCAAGUUCUGAAUAGUGCUGUUCCUCGAUCCAGUCUGCUUAUUGCUAGUAUCAAUGUGAAAGAUAACAAACGCCAGCUAAGAUUGCGGAAUGGAUUGAUGACCCAGCACACCUACAGUGUCACUGGUUUGGCCAGAGUACGGGGACCUACCGGAGAGACACCUUUAGUAAGGCUGAGAAAUCCGUGCGGGAAAGGAGAAUGGACUGGGGCGUGGAGCGAACGAAGCUGGGAAUGGGAUGGACUGUCAACCAGAGACAAAGAACUGCUCAGUAUACGAGUUCGGAAUGAUGGCGAAUUUUGGAUGUCAUUCGAAGAUUUCGCUAAACAUUUCACUCAGCUGGACAUCGUACACGUGAGUCCGGACGACUGGAUGACGGAGCCGGCAUUACACUCGAAGCAGCCUUGGAGAGCGGUAUUGGCCCGGCGAAGAUGGCGAACAGGCUAUAACGCCGGUGGAGGCCCCAGUCACACUGAAACGACCGCAAUGAAUCCGCAAUUCCAUGUGGCGAUUCCGCGUUCAUCGAAUAAUAAGUGCCAUGUCGUCGUAUCAGUUACCCAGCAUUACGAAACGCAGCCAGAAGCAAAAGUAAACAAACAACUGCACGCGAUUGGAUUCGCCGUCUACGAAAUACCGCAUUCAAUGCCACGAUUAACCAGACAGUUCGUCUCUGAAAAUAAACCAUUGGACGUAACGAACCAUUCGGUCGCCCGAGAAGUGGUCACCUUUUUUACCUUACCAGCCGGCGAUUAUAUUGUUGUACCGCAAACUAGCAUUCCAAACUGUGAUACUAAGUUCCUAUUAAGAAUACUGACCGACGAACAGAGUAACAUUUGGGAAGUAAACGAAGAUAACAUGUUGUUUCGGAACAUUCCUGGAGAAAUGUUAGAAGAUAGUUUAUUACUGCCCGAUGGUAAACCUUUGCUUUCAAAAUUAUUACUUAAGUACCCACCGGAGAUAGACGUUUUACAGUUACAGAAAAUUAUCAGAAGUCAUUGGAAAGCUUGUUUAUUAGGUCGACCUAGUCUGGAAUUGUGUAAAACUCUUGUCAUGUUGAGAGAUAUCAACAUUAGCGGUAAAAUAAACUUAGGCGAUAUACCAGUACUGAUGCAUAUGUUGCAGUUUUGGAGGAUAGCAUUCCAAAAAUUUGAAAAAGGUUGUUCGAAAACUUCCAGUUAUAACCUCAGACCAUUGUUAUGGGAAGCAGGUAGCACCGUCAGCAAUAAAGUUCUGGAAUGUUUGGUUCUACGGUUCACAAAAAAUACUAUUCUGACUGCCGAAUGUUUUGUUAUGGCUAUGGUCAGACUUCAUCUCGCCCAUGAGAGGUAUCAUAACUUGGAUACAAAAAUGAAAACGAAUCCAUUAUCAUUAGAAGAGAUGAUACUGAUGACUAUUUACUCGUGAUGGUGUAGUUAUAGUACCUAGAUGAAGUAUGGCAUUAUAAUAAUACAGAAACAAACCAAAGACCCGAAUCGUAGUCACGUGUAUAAUUUUACACAUUCGUUUUUUUACGCUCUUCGUGUGACGAUGAGUGUAUUUUACACAACGAUUUUUUUUUUUUUCAAUUAUCAACGAAUUGUUUUAGUGGGGAGAAAAAACAUGGCUGUUAUUUAUUUAUUUUUUUUGUAAGAAAUAUUGUUUCGAAUUGGAAUCAAAAUUCUGUUUUAAUUACUACCAUUAUGUGUACUUAUACAAAAGUAUUAAGUUAGGUAUUAUUUUUUUUUAGGUUUAUAAAAAUUUCCAAUACCUAUUCGACUGUAUUAUCGAUUACAUUAUUAUUCUUGUCAUAAUUUUUAAGAUGGAUGUUUUUCGUUGUUUGUUUGUUUUUUUUUAAUUAUUUAUUUCGUUUUUAAAUCGAUGAAGUAAGAAUCAAAUUUUUAGAUUAUAACGAAUUUAGAUUUGAUUUCGUUUUAAAAUUAUUAUUUAUUAUGAGAUGGAUGAGUUGAACAUAAGUAAUAAACAAGCCAAAGAUUCGCUUUAAUAGACGCGUGAAUGUGUUUAAAACACUUCAAAAAGUAUAGGCAUUUUUUAUAGUAUAUUGAGCAUAUUAUUUUUUCGAAUUAUGUCGAUUGUUAUUAUAUUUUUUUUUGUUAAUUUAUGCCAUAAAAAUAUACGCAGGUGUAAAAUAUACGAAAUGAUUUUUAUUUCGAUCAGUCAAAAUAUAGUAGGUAACGAUUUGUAAAUAUAAUAAAGAGAAGAAAAAAAAUCGGCUCAAAAUAUAUUUUUAUUUAUUUAAAAUACAUUUUGUUUUGUUAUAAUA